AUGAUGAAUUCCGGUGCCCCUCCUGUUCCGAGCGCGGAUCUCGAAGAGCUUCGGCGCACAGAGUUGGAGGUGAUUGAAAGUAUCAUGGCUGACGACUUUCGCGUGUUACAGCCCACUGCGUGGAAAGGGGUCACGUCAUCCCAAGUGCAGACGUAUGAAGCUAUUCUGCGCCCCGAAAUAGACUCUUUGAAAGAGCAUGUAUCUGUGGUUGUGCGGUUUGCAUUAACACGCACGUAUCCCAAUACACACGCUACAUGCUACGUACGCGCACAUGAUCCACAAACGCAUGGCGUAAGGGCCUCAGAUUUGAAGGUUCUGGAAGAGAAGAUGAAUCAAACUGCCCGAUCAUUGCGGGGAACGGAGAUGAUAUGGGAACUGAUCAAUGUGGCACAAGAGUUUAUUAGCACGCACAAUACGGCACCUGCAGACGGGGCACCUGCGCAUCUUAGCCUGGAAGAGCGAAUGCGCCAGAGGGAACACGUAAAAGAAGAGAAUGAAAAGAUACGUUCUCAUAAAUUGCAAAGACAAAUGGAUGAUGAGGAAAGGCAGCGUUCGACAGAACUCGCUAUUCAAAUUGAGCAAGAAACACACAAGCAGAAGCAGGCAAUCAAGACUGAAGCCAAAAAACUUCGAGAAAGUCCUCGAUUUGUCAUUCCUUCUGCAUCAGAGCGCCUCUCGGGUGAACCUGUGCGCGAACGCGAUGAACUAGCCUUUCGUGUAUCCAUGGUGCCUCUUCAUGAGCCUGUCCACGUAAAUGAUACCGAGAUUACCUGCGUGAAACGUGGUCCCUUUAUAUCUCCAAUCUCAUUAGCACGUACGUAUUAUUGCGUGCCUGUCACACCUCCAGACAUGCCGGAUGAUGUGUGGUGGACUCUUGAGAUUGUGCCUAUUUCAUCUUCAUAUUACACGACGAAUGCUGGACAGCGCAAAUUAAGUGAGCUUGAGAGGGAUCUUGCAAGGCUACAAAAAGUGCAUGAUCCAGUGCUUGUUCCGAUUUUAGGUUGGAAUCGUUGGUCUCAUCCUGACAACGAUGCGCAUGCACUGGCGCUCUAUCUCGUUCACGAUGCGUGUGGUGCCUCGUCCGUCACUUCCAUGCUGCAGCAAUGUGGCAAUAUACCUUGGACAUCUGUACAAAACAUACUCGCAUCCAUUUUGUCUGCUUUGGACAAACUUCAUUCUCAAAAAAUGACUCAUCGGGGCAUAACUCUAGACACUAUUACAUUACAGAACGGUCAGGUUCGCCUCUCUGGUGCCUUUUACCGCCAACAACUUCGAGACAUGCAUCGCUCGAACGCGCUCAAUACAAUUGGUGUAUCAGAAAAAGACAUGAUGGACGGGUGGCGCUCACCAGAAAGCUUGCAAAGCCCCUUGGCAUAUACGUCAAGUCGAGAUAUUUGGGAUCUUGGCCGGUGCACUUGCCAAAUGUUAUUUGGAGAACAUGUUGUUCAGCAGUUUAUUUCCCCUGAGGCUUUAUUUGAAACGCGCUCGUUUAGUUCGGACGAUACAUCCUAUCUAUCAUUAUUAAAAAGUAUGUUACACCGGGUGGAACGGCAUCGAGGGACUGCGAGAGAACUUCUUAAUAGCAUUAAGCAAUGGGAAGAGUUGCCAUCUCAUCCCAACGAUCUUGUCCAGACGUCAUAUCAAGAUGCUCUUACGACGUCUCUCAUUUUACCCCGUGACCACCAAUUGCGUAAUACUGUGACAAGUCGUGAACAAGAUACGGCGAAUGCGAGGGUUGGAUCGUUCUGGCAGUUGCGUAAUUUAGCAUUGCCAACUUUUCAACCCGUGUCUCGCUAUCUUAGCGAUUUUGAGGAAGUUGAAUUUCUUGGGAAAGGUGCAUUUGGUGUGGUUGUCAAAGCUCGUAAUAAACUCGAUGAGCGAUUCUAUGCUGUUAAAAAAGUACACUUGAGCAGUUCAGCAGCUGAGGAAGAACGUACGAUGCGUGAAAUUAUGGCACUUUCGCGUUUGGAUCAUCCCCACAUUGUACGAUAUGUGACAUGUUGGAUUGAGCGAACCGAGACCCCAGCGAUACCUCCCAGUACUAUUGAUUCGAAUGAGCGAUGGCGCGAUAGCAGCGCACUCACUACGAGUCAGCAGCUUGAUACCAGUGCUCUUCGACAGAUACAUCAUCUUAAGAUGGGUAAAGUGGAUGACUUUUUGUCAGAAGACAAGGACAUGGACUUGAUGGAUGAUGACUUCAUCCAGUUUGGUGAAGGCAGUUGGAGUGAGCAAGACGAAGAUGAUUCGUAUCCCAGUGAAGAUUCACGCUUGUCAGUGCCAGCAUCCACAACAGAUCAGUCUAUGCGUGUCCUCUACAUUCAAAUGGAAUACGUGGAAAACCAGACACUUGGUGACGCUCUUGAACACGGUGUAAGCGUGGAUCAGGCAUGGCAUAUUUUUCGACAGAUGCUCGAAGCGCUUGCCCACAUUGCAUCGCUUGGUAUCAUUCAUCGUGACUUGAAGCCCAGCAAUGUAUUGAUGGACACGCAUGGAGACAUUAAAAUUGGUGAUUUUGGUUUAGCUACCACCAAUCUCCACGCUAUGGAGCCUGGUCAGCGAGAUUCUAUGACACAGGGUGAGUCAAAAGAGCUUACGUCGGGUCUUGGGACUUUUCUGUACAUUGCACCGGAAGUGUUAUCUAAGAAAGGAAUAAGUGCCCGAUACAACCAGAAAGUCGACAUGUUUUCACUGGGCAUCAUCUUUUUUGAGAUGCUCGCAUCGCAACGAUGCUAUAAAACAACCAUGGAGCGCUAUAAGCUUCUUAAUGACCUGCGAAGCCCUGCUAUUAGGUUCCCAGCAUCAUGGGAUAAGACCCUCUUUGCAAGUCAAACACAAAUCAUACGGCAGCUUCUCGACCACGACCCGGGUCAACGGCCUACGCCUAUGGCAAUGCUCCGUUCCCCCCUCUUGCCCCCCAAGAUGGAGGAUGAAUUUGUUCAGGAACUCGUACGCCUAGCCGCCAAUCCCACGAGCGUACAUCGCCAUGAGCUCAUCCAUGCCUUAUUUUCUCGUCCACAAAAUGAUAAGCUUCGUGACUACACUUUUGACACUGGCGCACAGGGUGAGGAAGAUGAUGUGUUGGUGGGUGUGGUAUGUCGUUACUUACGCGAUACAUUCCAAUGCCGUGGUGCAGUGCCUGUUCACCCGCCGCUCUUGUUCCCGCCAAGUGAUGAGUAUGGUGAAGAAAGUAACAUCGUGCGUCUGCUCGAUAAGACAGGGAAUGUGGUGUUCUUACCGUUUGACUUGACCGUUCCUUUUGCUCGAAUCUGUGCUCGGAGUGGUCAUAUGCGACUUAAGCGUUUUGACAUUGCCGAUGUGUAUCGGGAGAAUUUGCUGGCAGGUGGUCAACCACGCGCCGUAUUAGCUGCUAGUUAUGAUAUCAUUUCUCAGGAACCUGAUCCUUCUGCUGAGGCUGAAGUUUUGGCGCUGAUGUAUGAGUUGUUACAAAUGCCUGGAUUAGCAGGUGAAGCAUGGAAUGUGGAAUUGAGUCAUGAAUCCAUUUUGCGCGUGUUCCUCCAGCGAUUCCCAGCGCAGUUUCACUCAGCGCUAUUGGAAGCACUUCCUCAGUACCUUGCGAGGGGUUCAGAUGCACGUGUUAGGCACCUGCUCGGAUCGGCUGGUAUGCCCGUGAGCUUGCUAGACGAAGUGGAUGCAUGGAAUAUUUAUGAGGACUUUGAUACAGCCGUGCACACAUUAGCGGAGCUCCUAACUCCAGAAGAGCGAACGAAAUUGGCUGAGCCUUUGGCACAUCUGGUGAGUGUGGUGAGACUUGCUCGAGAAUUUAGUGUACAGUCCAAGAUUUAUUUGGUGCCGCUCUUUUCUCACAGCCAUACACACUACCGUAAUGGCACUAUGAUGGCCGUUUCUAAGAUGUCAAGUGGUGGUAAACAUCGAGAUGUCCUAGCGGUCGGCGGUCGAUAUGAUGAGCUCUUGCGUCGUUUCUCGUAUCCACGAAUUGGAAGCUCUCAAGAACCCCGGCAUGGCGUUGGCUUACAGAUCGCUGUGGGUAAAAUGGUCAAGGCUGUCGCGCGGUACCAGCAGUCCCAUGUGCCACGGUUUCUUGGUCGGCCAGAGCAAGAACGAACAUUGGGACCAUGGACACCACGUCGCUGCGAAUGCUAUAUUGCUUCCAGUCAGCCUGGUCUUCUCGAGAGCAAGAUCCAAAUUUGCAAGACUUUGUGGUCCAAUGGGAUUAGUGCAGACCUACAGUAUGAAUGUGCCGCGGGUGAAUCUCCCGAGGUGACUGUUUCAACAUGCCGUGCAGAAGGAAUUCUAUUCCUCAUUCUACUCCGCGCGCAUACAUCUGCCGUCAAAGUAAAAGAGGUUAUAACGCGCACAGAACAUGAAGUGGCCCGGGAAGGCCUGACUACAUUUUUACAAGAUCGUAUUGCUCGACAGCGACGCGUGGAUCAAAUGACCGUGGGGGUGCGGCCUCGAGAAUCUGACACACAAAGACUAAGUACAUCUUUGAAAGGUGGCUCUCACAGCAAUAUAAAGUAUGCUCCUCGCAUAAACGUUCAAGUUUUUCUUCCUGGGCGACUGGACCGGUCACGCCGCACCGAGCGUCGCCUCAAGUCUGCGUCACGACUCGCCCUAGCCGAAAAGGCUGCUUCCGACAUUUCGCGGCUGCUUGAUGCGAUUCAUGCUGGACGUGUUCCAGUUUUCGCUGUGGAACUGUCGUCAGGUUUACUUGAGCGAUUCGCGGCUGUCGCACUAGAAUCUGAUGAAGUAUUCAAAACAUUCAUACAUGAUGAAAUACCUUCAUCAGACGAGCGCGAUUAUGUCAAGGCGCUUCGCUCCAUCAUUCUUGAUACAAUCGAUGACGAUACACCUUCCAAUGGGCCUCCAUCAUUCGGCACAUCACCCACUACCUCACAUUCGAAUAUACCAUAUCAACCUUCCCGUGUACUUAUUUAUUCUAUCAAAGAUGGCAAAACGGUCCUUUGUGGUUAA